CUGAGCUGUCGUCAUUUGCUGAAAGAAGAGGAAGGGAAAUUCGUCUGAAAAAGUGUAAAUUGGCUUUCCAAAAGCAAAGAUGAGUUUCAUGCAGCCGAGUCCCGUGAAAUAUGCCUGCUCAUGCGGCAUUUUGAAUCCCAUCAACAAGCUCUUCUUCUGUCGCCAUUGUCCGAAGUUGAGAUGUGGCUUUUGCGUUUGCCACGAGAUUGAGUCACACUUUUGUUCGAACUGCCUGGAGAACAUUCCAUCUUCGGAGGCCAGACACAAGAAAAACUGUUGUGCCAACUGCUUCGAUUGUCCUUGUUGUCAGCACACGCUCUCUGCGAGGGCCGCCACAGUUCCGAUUGUGCGAAAGCCAGAGGAGCCUAAGGAUGGUGAAAGUGCGACGGAGGCCACACCCAGUCCAAAACCUUCGGCAAUGCCAACUACAAAGAAAAUGUAUUAUUUGUCGUGUCUGUCCUGCCGUUGGACUACUCGUGAUGUUGGCAUACCCGAUCAGGGCGUAGCAACGGGCACCUGGCCGGACAAGGAAUGCUUGUACCAAGUGCGUUUCAACACCUUGAUGGAGUAUUAUCAGUCGCUCGUACUGCAGGAGAAGCAAGAGAAACAGGAGUUUCUGCGCCGCAAGACGCCCAAGCAGCACAAGUUUCCCAGUCUUACCGAUCGCACGGGCCUGACAGUCUCGCUCAUACGUCGCCAAAUCGGUUGGAGCGACAAGAGUAUACCGAAGACAAAGCCCAUUAACAUAGCGGCCGCAGAGGCCAGCGCAGAGGUUGAGGCUCUACCAGAGGCCAUCUUUACGCAGCCAAUAAAUUUGCGAAAUAUCACAACAGUGGCGCAGAGGCACAGCCAGCCCGCUGAUCAGCCCGAGGCUGUAAGCAAGCUCUACCCACAGCGACGUUCGUUGUGGAUCAAGCGUUCGCUACGUUGUCGUCAGUGUGAGCACAAUCUGAUCAAGCCAGAGUAUCAUCCCACAUCCAUCAAGUAUCGCAUACAGCUCUUUGCUAGCUACCAUGUGCCGGAGGUCGUUAUGGUCCGCUGCGAGCAGCCGCUGCAGUCUGGCCAGGCCAAUGCGAUAUUCCUAAAGUUCACAAAUCCCACAAUGUACGACAUGACCAUAAGUGUAUUGGAUGUGGCACCACAGGAUGCUCAAAUCAGCCCGGAUGCACUCCUGCAGGCGUGCCGAAUCAAGGAAGAGGCCAUUACAUCAUCGCCACUGCUCAAGACAACGGGUAUUACUUUGGCCCGUCAGAACUCGAUCAGAGAGGUGAAACGUGAGGUGCGUGAGCUUGCAAAUGCAACAAUUGUACCACUGGAAGGUCCGUUUGUGCUGAACCAACGUGAUGAUUCCAAGGAAUUUGAUGAAGAUGUCCAGGCGCCCACUGAGGAACCCAAGUUCAUAGUUUGGCGUAAGGGCAACAAGGUGUUAAUACGUCUCGACUUUACGCCUGCAGCUGAGCUGCAGUCGGGCAACGCUGUGACUCUGGGCUUCUAUAUGCAGUACACGUACGUCAAUACCGUGUCCAAUACGCCCGACAAGAAGGAACCGACUACACAUGCUCUCUACUCAAGAAUCUUCAUCGAAGCUGGCGAAAUAGCUAAUGCAAAAGCCAAUUAGUCCGAAAUCAUA